AUGUGGAAAAAUUGUGACCAAUUAAUUAAACAUUUGGAAUUGAAAUUAAUUCAAUCGGACUUGUUGGAAGUGCGUGACAUCAUGGGUGAUUAUUCGACGGACGUAAUCGGUACUUGUGCUUUCGGGCUGCAGUUAAACAGCAUUGUUGAUAAUAAUUCUUUAUUUCGAAAGUUGGGAAGAGCUAUGUUUGCACCGUCAAUAAAACUUCAACUGAAAGAUAUGUUCCAGUAUAUCUCACCAGUAUUGAGAAAAAUGUUAAAAAUUACCGACUUCCCUAAGUUUGCAACAGAUUUGUUUGAGAAUUUCUUUCGUCAGACAAUGGAAUACAGAGAAAAGAACCAUAUCACAAGAAAUGACUUUGUGCAAUGCAUGCUACAGGCCAGGACAGACUUGGUCAUCAAUAAAUCAGAGCUAUCAGUGAGCUUUAAAGAAAUGGAUAUAAUAGCCAAUGCUUUUUUUUUGUUCCUGGCCGGUUUCGAGACGGUAUCUACGACUAUGAGCAUCUGUUUAUAUGAAUUAGCCUUGAAAAAACCCAUUCAAGAUCGUGUUCGCGAAGAAAUCUUAACCGCAAAGUCGAACCAUAACAGCGAUCUUAACGAUGGGUUUUUAGCAGAACUACCAUAUGUCGAAAUGGUUUUAGCAGAAACUCUACGUAUGUAUCCACCUUUAUCAAUAAUCUUCAGAGAGGCCUCAAAGUCCUACCAAGUUCCUGGAGAAGAUUUGGUAAUAGAAAAAGGAACAAAAAUUGCUAUACCUGCAUACAGUCUUCACAUGGAUCCAAUGUAUUACCCUGAUCCGAUUACCUUCAAUCCGGAACGUUUUACUCCCGAAGAAAAAGCCAAAAGGCCAAGCGGGGUUUAUAUGCCCUUUGGAGAAGGACCUCGUCAGUGUUUAGCGUUUGCCGAAAUAGAAAUGAAAUUGGCACUUUCAGAAAUAUUAUCAAAAUACGAAAUAGAACCAUGUGAAAAAACUGAUGCUCCAAUGAAAUUUAAGAAACUAACUUUGAAUACUGUACCAAAAAAUGACAUAUGGUUGAAAUUUAAGAGGCUUGAUUUAUAA